AUGCUCCUUGCCCUGUUUUUGACCUUCUACGUCUUCACUCUUGUGGGCAACCUGCUCAUCCUGCUGGCCAUCGCCUCCUCCGCCCGACUGCACACCCCCAUGUACUUCUUCCUGUGUGAGCUGUCUGUGUGUGACAUCUUCUUCCCUUCUGUGAGCUCCCCCAAGAUGCUCGUCUACCUCUCAGGGUACAGCCGAGCCAUCUCCUAUGCCGGCUGCGUGUCCCAGCUCUUCUUUUACCACUUCCUGGGCUGCACCGAGUGCUUCCUGUACACGGUGAUGGCCUAUGACCGCUUUGUGGCCAUCUGUCACCCUCUACGCUACCAGGUGAUCAUGAGCCCCAGGGUGUGUGCCAUCCUGGCCUCGGGGACCUCGUUUUUUGGCUGUGUUCAGGCCACCUUUCUCACCACUCUCACCUUCCAGUUACCCUACUGUGGCCCCAAUGAGGUGGACUACUUCUUCUGUGACAUCCCCGUGAUGCUGAAGCUGGCUUGUGCGGACACCGCAGCCCUGGAGAUGGUGGGGUUCAUCAGUGUGGGCCUCAUGCCCCUCAGCUGCUUUCUUCUCAUCCUCACCUCCUACAGCCACAUCAUCUACUCCAUCCUGCAGAUCCGCUCCGCCGAGGGCCAACGCCAUGCCUUCUCCACCUGCAGCGCCCACCUCACUGCCAUUCUACUUUUCUACAUGCCAGUGAUCUUCAUCUACUUAAGGCCAACGCCAAGCCCCUGGCUGGAUGCAAUGGUUCAGGUUCUGAAUAACCUGGUCACCCCCAUGCUGAACCCCUUGAUCUACAGCCUCAGGAACAAGGAGAGGUCAUUUGGUGAAAAACUUUGUGCGAUGGGUGGGGAAUGGAAAGAUGAAGAAGAGGUGAUCCUAGCAGAGUGAGUCAUAGUCUGCCUGAGAAAAGACACAAAUGUGCAGCUGACAUCCCAUGACAAAGAUGUGAAAUAUGGCAGGAAAUAUGGAGUAUUUUUUUCUGGGCUGUGGAGGGACCUCACAAAAGAGUUGUUUAGGGUUAAAUGUUUUGUUUGUUCUGUCUUCCCCCCCACACACAUACCCCAUGAAGAAUGGCUUUUAGAGGGAGAAAUGUUUUAUAGGGAGAAGCAUCUCAAUCUUUUGUUUGUUGUGUUGG